AUGGAGGUCACAUCUCUCUGCAUCAGACUGUUGUUGAAUGUGUUGCUGCUGCUGGCUGCACAUGGUCACCACAGUUAUGCUGAGAAAGGCGUAUUGAAAAGUGUUUUUUUAUUUAUUUAUUUUCUAUUGUUCUUCACUGUCUCAGAUGCAGCUUUUCUUUCAAUCAUUCCCACCAGACUGCAGUUCUUUGAAUAUGAGUCGUUCUCUUUUACCUGUGAGGGGUUUACCGGCUCAGCUAAAUGGAGAGGGGUGAGGAACAUCAAGGGAUACAUCCCAACGUGUUCUAAUAGCACAGUGACCUCAACGGUGACCUGCACCAUUUCCAGUGCCUUUGAAACAGACAGCGGAGAAUACUGGUGUGAAGCUGAAGGAGGAGAGAGAAGCAACACUGUCAACAUCACUGUCACUGCUGGUUCAGUGAUCCUGGAGAGUCCUGCUCUUCCUGUGAUGGAGGGAGACGCUGUGACUCUGCGCUGCAGGAACAAUACGUCGUCCACCAACCUUCCAGCUGUCUUCUCUAAAGAUGGCCUCUUCAUUGGGAGCAGCUCUGCGGGUACCAUAACCAUCCACAGUGUCUACAAGUCUCAUGAAGGACUCUACAAGUGUAACAUCUCUGGAGUUGGAGAAUCAGCAGAAAGUACAGACAGCACACAGUCUAUACAGGGUAGUUUUUAUUCAAACUUGAGUGUCUACAAUAUAAUAUCUGUGACUGUGUGUUUACAUUUAACCAUGAAAAAGCCUCUGCAGAAUAACCACAGCAUAUCUACACCUGUUUGAAUUAAACGUAUGGCCUUUUUGUAAGC